CGCUCAUCUCCAGCUCUAACGGGGCGAUGUCAGACUAUGACUUUCGCCCCACUGGCUCCCUCAAGCUCAAGGGAGGGGUCGCCGAGGGUGGAAUUGUGAAGAAGAAGAAAAAGUCCAAGAGCAAGGCCAAGGAUAAGGAUGACGAGUUCGAGAAGCAGCGACUUCUGGAGCUAGAGGCCGUUAUGAGGGAAGAGGAAGGCAAGACGACCUCACCUGCAGGUAGUAGCAGGGCCUCGCCAUCGGUCGUAAGCAGCGAAAGGAAGACGGCAGCUGAGAAACGGUUCGAGGAGGUGCAACGCAAGCGGUUGGCAGACAAGGUCACGAAACUUGCCAACAAGACCCACAAGGAUAGGGUCAGCGACUUCAACUCGAAGCUCGAAGCGCUCAGUGAACACCACGACAUUCCCAAGGUUGGACCGGGCUAAUGUCACGUACAUAUCGCUGUAUCACUGUGUCUUAUUUCAAUAUACGCUUUCCCAAAC